AUGUCGUCGCAAAAAGCUUGGGCUGUUAUCGCAGGUGUUGGAGCUGGCACGGCGAAUACUCACGCAAAUCAUAGCGGUGCCUCGGUUGCUCGUCGAUUCGCUAAACACUACGCCGUCGCCCUGCUAGCCCGAAACCCUGACAAUUACGAACCCAUUGCGAAAGAAAUAAAUGCUGCAGGCGGCAAGGCAAUUGGCAUCAGCACCGAUGCCUCGGACAGCAAGAGUGUGAAGGCUGCGUUUGAACAACUGGAAAAGGAAUUCGGCGGAGCUCCGUUAGCGGCUGCGAUAUAUAACGUGGGAGGCAAAUUUAUCAGGAAGCCCUUCCUCGAGCUGUCUGAAGAUGAAUUUGAGGCUGGAUGGGCAGCCAACGGACGAGGGGCAUUCCUCUUCUCGAGAGAAGUCCUGCCACUUAUGCUCAAGAACACGGAUGCCGAAUACCCACCCACGCUUAUCUUCACGUCCGCGACUGCAGCGAUGAAGGGUUCUGCCAACUGCGCAUCUUUCGCUAGCGGCAAAUUCGCAAUGAGGGCCUUGGCACAAUCGCUGGCAAGGGAGUUUGGUCCGAAGGGCAUCCACGUGAACCAUGCCAUCAUUGAUGGGGUUAUUGAUAUCGAGAGAUUCGCCCAUUACAAGCUCGACCAUCCGGAGGCCAAGAUCAAACCCGAGGCCAUUGCCGACGCUUACUGGUACUUGCACACCCAGCCGCGGACUUGCUUUACCAACGAGAUCGACAUAAGACCUGCAGUCGAGAAGUGGUAA